AUGCAUUCACCGGUCAUGUCAGCUGAAACUCAGGGUCCACUAGCCCCGCGGGCUGUCGACGAGAAAGCUAUCGCGAUAAAUGGGAUCGAUGCCCUAGGCGAAGAAGCCAGGCCCAUUGACCCUGAAGUUGAGCGGCGGGUGUUGAGGAAGAUAGACCUCUUUCUGAUGCCCGCCAUGGUGAUCGGGUACGGCCUGGUGUACUAUGACAAGGCGAUCCUCGGCAGCGCUGCUCUCUUUGGCAUGACUACAGACCUCCAGCUAUCGGUCACAGAUACCUCUGUCAGCCCGCCAACUACUGAUACGUCUAGACUCAGCUGGGCAACUUCGAUCUUCUACUUUGGUCAACUUGCUGGCUCCUAUCCGAUGACAUACACCCUGCAGCAUUUUCAGACGAAACAUGUCCUGGGGCCGGUUGUCAUGCUGUGGGCGAUCAUCUGCGCUGCCACGGCUGGUGUGACGACAUGGCAGGGGCUCUAUGCCCAGCGGUUCUUUUUAGGCUUCACUGAGUCCAUCAUCCCCACCGGGUUCAUGGUGACGGUCAGUGGUUACUAUACGCAAAGAGAGCAGUCGUCGCGCCAGAGCUGGUGGUUCUCCGGGACUGGCUGGUUCACUAUCAUAGGCGGUGCUUUCAACUAUGGCUUUGCGCAGAUCGACGGUGGCGCAUUAAAACCAUGGCAGUACAUAUACGUCUUCGCUGGGGUGCUUACGUUCCUCUUCGGCAUCUGGUGCUUUUUCCUCCCGAACGACCCGUUGAAUGCGUGGUUCCUCACCCCUGAGGAACGACUUGUGGCAGUAGAGAGACUCCGAGCCAGCCAGACCGGCGUCAAGAACCAAACGGUCAAGAAGGGACAGCUCAGGGAGGCGAUUCUUGAUAUCAAGAUCUGGCUCGUUGCCCUGACCAUGGCUGCUGCGUAUGGACCCCUCUUCUUCGCCAUUCUUACACCUUUCUACUUCUUGUAUACCGUCAACGGCGCCGUCUCCGGAUUCGGUCCACUCAUCGUCUCCACGUUCGGCUACUCUUCCCUCGAAAGCAUCCUUUUCCAGUUUCCGCUCGGCGGCCUCUCGGCGUUCGGAAUCAUUGGGACUGGCUGGCUAUGUUCUCGAUACCGCAACAUCCGUGUCCUCUCACUCGUUCUCUGCAGUCUCCCUGUGAUCGCCGGCUUCGUCAUGAUCUGGAAGUCCAGCUGGGGCCACAAGCCGGUGACUCCGGUCGCUGGGUACUCGCUCAUCGGGUUCUUCGGGCCUGUUGUGGGUCUCACAAUUUCGCUCGGUGCUAGUAACGUUGCUGGCGAGACGAAGAAGAGCUUCAUGGCGGCGGCAGUAUUUGUGGCGUACUGUGUAGGGAACAUUGUUGGGCCGCAGUUAAUCCAUAGUCAGCAGAAAGCUGCGCAUUACCCUGAUUUAUGGACUGGCCUUAUAAUCUGUUAUUGCAUUACUAUCCUCUCUGCCUCGGUGCUGUGUGUGCUGUGGUUCCGCGAAAACAGGCGCCGGGAGGCGCUUAACUUAGAUGAAAGCGAAGCUGAUCGACUUGCUUUUAAGGAUCUUACAGACAAAGAGAACUUGCAUUUCAGAUAUGUGUACUAG